AUGCAGAAACUAGCCCAACGAAUAGCAAAAGGAGACUGGGACAAACACAAAAAAGACAAAGAUGUCGAACCAUAUACACACAUCAAGCAAGAACUCUCUACAGGAGAAGAACUCAUCUUCAGACAAGAAAGGAUCGUGUUACCAGAGAAACUGCAAAGAAAAGUUGUCAAGAUUGGACACAGCUUAGGGCACCUUGGAAAGACAAAGACGAAGAAAUUUUUCGCGAAAAUUGCUACAAGAGAGAAACAAACGGAACCAAUCAAGACUACCACCAUCCCAGACAGACCAUGGGACAUUGUACCGGUGGACUUUGGAGGUCCAUACCCUGAUAGAGACUACAACUUAGUAAUCAUCGACAAGAGAACCCGAGUAGAGACAGACAACGGACCACCGUUCAAUUCCAAACAGUUCAAAGACUUUGCCAGAGAAGAAAGAUUUGAGCAUCACAAAGUGACACCUCUCCACCCAAGAGCUAGCGGGGAAGUGGAAAGAUUCGUGGAGACGAUAAACAAAACUAAACGAAUAGCUCAUCUGCAGGGUAAAGAUAAAUUGGAAAGCCAAAAUGCAAUUCAUAACAUGCUGACUGCAUACAGACUGACACCCCACCCAGCGACAGGAAUCUCACCACACGAAGAGAUGAGAGGAACAUUCAUCAGGACCAAAUUAGAUUACUCAACACCCAACCAGCAAUCAUCCGAAGAAGAUGAACAGAUGAAUGUUAAUGAUGCAAAGUACAAGGAAAGAAUGAAAACAAAGCGAGAGAACAGUCGAACAGAAGAGAAGAGAUUGUUGAUCGGAGAUUAUGCAUUGGCCAAGCAAGAAAGAAAGAACAAAUGGAGCACACCAUACGAACCAAUAUUCUACAUUGUGUGUGACAUUGAAGGAUCGAAGAUCACAGCUAGAAGAACCACAGAUGGACGCACCGUAUCGCGUGAUGCUAGCCACUUCAAACUUGUUAACUCCGUUAUCAACACGGUAGAUAAAGUGAAGGACAACGCGGUACAACACGGUACAACACCACCGGACACUAAGCAACAGGGCCAUAAAGAGGAAAGUCUGAGUGGCAUAAAGAAACCUUAG